UGCAGUCGGUGUCAGCAAAGCAUCGUGCGAUAUGAACUCUUUCGGCCACCGUAUGUGUUGUAAACAUGGCGUCCGACGACGAGAGUAAUGAGGAUUUUGUGACAUACGGGACUCCAUUAGAACCUCUUGAAGAAGAUGAACCCGUCAGAAAGCCAAUACCUGUGCACGAGCAGACGGUUAAAGACGAGAAGGGAAGGUACAAGAGAUUUCACGGAGCCUUCACUGGUGGCUUUUCCGCUGGUUAUUUUAACACAGCGGGCUCUAAAGAAGGUUGGACCCCAUCAACGUUUGUAUCAUCUCGAACGCAAAAGGGAGAGAAACAGUAUGCUAGACCAGAGGACUUUAUGGAUGAGGAGGAUUUUGGUGAGCAUGGCAUUGCCCCACGAGAGAUUGUCACUACAGAAGAUUUUGCAUCAGAGAGAAGGGAUCAGUUAAAGGACAAAGCACGAGCUGUCAGCUUUCUUUCUGCUCCGAUACCAGGAGACACCGGACUGCUGGAUGAACUCAUUACCCCCGCAAGGCCAUCUAUUGGUGUGCAGCUACUGAGAAAAAUGGGCUGGAAAGAUGGCCAGGGAGUCGGGCCCAGGAUAAAGAGAAAGCAAUCCAAACAAAACACAGAUGGAGCAGGCAAGGUUUAUGGCUGUGUGUUUCCGCCCAAGGGAUCAGAGGAGUCAGAGGAUGAUGAUGAUGAAUUUGCUCCAGAGAAUGUGACCUUUGCCCCUAAAGAUGUAAUUCCAGUAGAUUUCACCCCUAAAGAUGACACUCAUGGGCUGGGUUACAGAGGGCUCAACCCCCUGCAAGCCCUGAGCGGUGGAUCAGGAUCAGGGCACAUUAACCUCUUCACACUUCACUCUGACAAAACAACCAGCUUGAUUGGAGACAAAAGGUCAGGAAAGCAAUGCAGAGGAGGGAUUGCAGGACAGGCAUUUGGAGUCGGAGCAAUGGAGGAUGAAGAUGAUGAUAUUUACCAUAAAGAUACUAUGUCCAACUAUGAUGCUAUGCUUGGUGGAGAAGAGCCAGGGGAUGGGCUCUACGGAUGGACCGCCCCUCAGGAGUAUUCCAAGAAGAAGAUAGAAUCCAAGAGAGAUGCUACAUAUUUAGGCAGAAUUUUGCAGGGGUUCACACUUGCCUCCAAAGCUAACGAGAAAAAAAUAGUGUAUCCUCCCCCUGAUUUGCCACGUGAUUAUCGGCCUGUACAUUAUUUCCGGCCUGUGGUUGAUUCGUCUUCAAUGAGCGCCAUUGUUGCCCAGGCGCUGCAGGCUUCACGUGGACACCUAUCACAGGAUACACCUCAGCAGGGCCGUCACACCUUAGAUUCCUCCCAGAGACGUGAAAUGCUUGGAGAGACACCUCUACAGGGUCCAAGCUCUGUGUUUGAGCUGCUUGACAGUAAGGACAGAGAGAAGCUUAAUGAUAUCCGCAAAGCAUCCCAGGGGCAGAAUAGGUCUGAAAGAGACCUAUCGUCAGCUGUAGAUCGAGCGGCGGUGGUGGCUUCUGCUAAAGCUGCUGCUCUGCAGGCCAUGUCCAGUCGUUUCCAGUCAACCGCCCCACAGCCUGACCCCCAUACUCGGUCCCCUACCUCUCAAAGCCUACCUCAGCCAUCUUCUGAGACCCAGAUGGCUUUAAAAGCCUGGUCUGCUCCCACUGCAAAUGCUGGUCAAACCUUUAAACCGUUUGAGAAGAAUCCUCAGAAACAGGCUCGCUACGAUUCUUACAUCAGCCGGCUCAAACUGGGAGAGCGAGAUGCCCUGGAGUCGAGUCCGGACUCUUCCAUGACGGAGUGGGAGAGAGGGAGAGAAAGAGAUGAAUUUGUGCGUGCUGCGUUACUCUAUAAGCCAAGCAACUCCUCUCUCUCCUCACGUUUUACACGAGCCAAAAAUGAGGAUGACUCGGACAGUGUGGAGGUCACGCGGUAUCAAGAGAAUGAUGUAAAUGAUAAGCAGGCUGCUGUGAAGAUGAAGAUGUUUGGAAAGCUGACUCGCGAAACAUUAGAGUGGCACCCUAUCAAACUAUUGUGCAAGAGGUUCAACGUCCCAGAUCCUUAUCCAGGGUCCAAUACAGUGGGAAUGCCUAAAGUCAAGAGAGAUAAAUACUCAGUCUUCAACUUCCUGACCAUACCGGAAAGCAGUCAGGUUAUCAGUGCACCCAAACCUCCAAGUACCUCCACAAGCCUUCCCCCAAUGGCUUCAGAAGUUUCCCAUAAGAAAUCUAGGUGGGACGUAACAGAGCAGGGAUCUAAACCUAAAGACCCCCUCAGUGCGUUUAUCAGUGAAGCUCGUAGUGAGGUAUCAACGGCCCAGCAGGGCACGGCUCGAGUAAAGAGCCAGACAGAGUCUCCACAAGCUUCUGCCACUCCUGAGGUUAAAGUGGAACCAUCUGAAGGCCAGCAGACUGAACAGAAGACUGAAGCAGAGGAGGAGGAGGAAGUUGAAGAAGAGGCAAGGCCUCCAAUGGAUCUCUUUAAAGCCAUCUUUGCCAGUUCAUCAGAUGAAAGGAACUCAUCUUCAUCUGAAGAUGACAGUGAAGAAGAGGAAGAGAUGGCCCCGACAACCAAAAGCAGUGUGGGCUCGCUGGACCCACCCAUCUCAGUUCAGUUCACUCCUGUCCCUGAUAUCAGCAAAGUCACAGAUGUAAAUCAUCCUCAAGUACAGAGUGUGUCUUCUUCUGAAAUGGCAGUACAACACGCCAAGUCCUCUGAAAAUGUUCCUGCUAAAUCUGGCGGCCUCAAUGAAGAGGAGUUUGGACCCAGACUGCCACCUCCUGGAUUUGUGCCAUCUGCAUACUCACCACAGUCAAAAAAGCAGAAGAAGAAAGAUAAAGAAAAGCACAAAGCCAAGAAAGACCAUAAGCACAAAAAAGAGAAAAAGAAGAAGAAAAACAAGAAGAAUAAACAUAAAGGAAAACAGAAGAAGAGGGCAGAAGAGUCUAGCAGCAGCUCAGAUGACUCUAACUCCAACAGUGAAGCUGAAUCUAGAGUUGUUACUACUAGUGAACUUCUCCAGAGGUUGAAAAACCUCAGGGAUAAGAGAUAGUACUGCAUAUCUACAGAACAGGCUGUCCUUUAUGGGAAUUGUGUACUGCAAAAUAAUACCAUAAAUACUACUGUGUGCGUGCGUGUGUGUGUGAGAGAGAGCAUGCAUGUGUGUUGGUUGCAUGUGUUAUGCUUGUGUCAUUUCUUUACAUAAUUGCAUAAACUGGUAAAGUUAGUUUUUAUGUCCUGUGAUUUUGUUAAAAAAAUAAAAAUCCAAAAUUGA